UCUCUCUCUCACUCAAACGAGCGCAGACAGACACACACACACCUGCCUCUCUUCCUUCCUCCUCUCUUACUUGGGCCAUGGACAUGGACAUCGAGCUGUCCACGCCGACCCAGCCCUCCUACUUCUCCGGCUGCAUGGCCUCUCCCGCGUGGCUGCCGCCGGGCGUGCGCCGGAGCCCCGCGCGCUUCCAGCUGCUCUCCCGCGACGACGGUGGCCUCGGCGCCCGGCGCGCGUGGAGAGGACUGUUCAGGAGGCUGGUGCGGGAGAGCAAGAGCAUCUGCAACCCCAGCAGGGCGUCGCCCGUCGCCGCCACCACCUUCAAGUACGACGCCGACAGCUACGCCAAGAACUUCGACGACGGCCGAUGGCAGCACCGCGCCGCCGAUGGCCCCGCGCCGCUGUCGCCGCUGAUGAGCCGGCGGGCGGCUGAUCGAUCCGCCGGGGAGUGCUAGCUUAGGUUCUUGUUUAUCUUUUCCCGCACUUCUUUUUUGUUAGUUCAGCUUUAGCUGUUGAUCUUGAGACGGUAGUUGCAACGCUGGUGUCACGGAUGAUGCUUUUUCACCAGUCGUUGCUUGUACAGAAGAUGGAGAUGUUUCAAGCAGUGUUACGUUCUUGCCAAAUUCUCUCUCUGUCCGUGCCUCCUUCUCGAUUUCCCCUGGCUUCUUGUGAAUCGUGAUGAUCUGAAUUGUUAUCGUACCCAAAAAAAAAAAACUCAGCUCACUGUCCUAGAAAGCACUCAUCAGAGAAUAAUUUGGUCGGAACUCGGAAG